AUGACGGCUGCUAGCGAGAAACGCUCCCCAGGAAAUGGAGGGAAGAAGAAUGAAGAGAAACGCGCCAAAGCCGGAGUGAACAAACAACUUCGGAAAGAACGUCUUCGUGCAAUCGAAGCCGCUUCACGCCUUCUGCCUCCGCCCCCCCAAGAUGACGCGUGCGCAGCGGGCUCGGCUGCUGGUCCGUCGAGCUCUUCGCUGCUCCCGUCCUCUUCCUCUGCAUCUUCCUCCUCGCUAUGUUCGGCUUCUCACUCCUCUUCUUCCAGUCCAGCCUCUACCUCGUGUUCGUCUUGGUCGGGUUCAGCCGACCCGGCCUUGGCAUCUCUUUCCCUUCUCGAGUGUGCCCCACGGCAGCCUCUCGUGGUUGCUAGUGGCGCUUCCGCAUCUUCCGGCACUCGGCCCACGAUCUCACAGACAAGCCUCGAACAUUUGGACCCAAACAUAGACAAGAGCUUACUUUGCUUCUCAUCCCAGCGUGUAAUGAAGAAAAGACAGGAACGGCGUCUCCAGUCGUCCCUUUCCUCUCGGGACCCCGAGCGCCCGUCGGCAGUUCCCGAGGAAUCACAGGAAGAAGCGGGGCAAGCAGAAAGUGCAGAAGGUGGAAUGCACGAACUGCCACGCCUGGACCUAACUUCCGCUCCUGGUCGCUUCGCGUUUCACCGAGUAGACGUCGAUGCUCGGGCUGCUGCUUGUGUCACUCUAGAUGCGAAGCACCGACGGCAAAAGAAGUUGAUUGGGUCUUCAGCUGGAUGUACACCGCAGCUGGCUCUUCUUUGCCCUUCGCCGUCGUGUCAAAAUCUGUCAGGUACUAUGGCAGACGUUCCUGGCGAUAGACCCGCCAAGGAUUCGGCAUCUCUUCUCCUUCCACCGUCAGUGAAGGCCAACGCGGAGCUAGCAACGCUAGUGGACGCGGGAAAAUUACAGCAACAAGAACGCCUCGCGAAGCGGGAUGCGGCGAAGGCGCAUUUGGCAAACUGGUACGAGAUUCCAGCGCAAGAGCUUUCACCAGGGCUGCGCCGUGAACUGAAGGUGCUCGAGUUGCGUGGCCACAUGGACCCGAAGAAGUUCCACAAGGAAGGGCUGAAGAUUCGGUCAGAGAGAACCGAACGACGGAUUGGAUCCGGUGUGUAUGUACAGCACACUGCGCACCUUCACGUUUGCACUGUUAAAGACGGAUUCGGUAGUGGAGGUGGCGUCGGGGCGGGUCGGGAAAGUGAGGCUGUGGGUGCCACGAAGCGGAGAAAAGGAAAGGGCGGUUCGCUGCUGUCUUCUCUCCUGAAGGACACCAACGUGGAGACGUGGACACGGAAGAAAGUGCGCGAUCUCGGCUCGGCCAAAUUCGAGGCAAAGGGAAGGAAGAAUUCAUGGAAAACUCUAAAGAAGAGGAGGUAA